AUGGCAAUUAGACAACAACUCAAGAAAAAAGGCAAACCUUCUAAGCAAAAGGAUGGCAAAGAAAUUGAUGAGCUAAGGUCUGGAAAUAUUACAUCUGAUCAAUUUUUGCAAAGUUUGUCUGUGUACUCUGAGUUUAAACAAGAAGAAAUUUUAUCACUACUCAAUGGGAAAGAACUAGCCAAAAUCCUCAAAUCAUUGGGCAAGCCAUCAUUCCUUGGCAAGAAAAAAAGCAAACAAAUAGAAACAUUAAUUCAUGUUAUGAAAACCUGA